AUGGGCAUUUCAGCGCUUAUGUCUUCUUUCGAGGCCCUCGAGACGCCAUGGGACAUCGAGGCAGUUCGACCACCCGCCCAUGAUUUCGCAGCUUUGUGGGGAUUCAGGGGCGCCAAAGAGAACAACAUUUGGCAGUGGGAGGCGCCGCAUAAACCGCCAGAACGAGCUGCCACGGAUCAACUACCAUCUUGGUUGAUGGAUCUGGAUCAGUCGACGGCCAAUAAUCCAAACCAGAAUCAUCUGGAAAGCAACGAUGGCCUCGCCCCCGUCUUACAAUCAAAUGCUGCGGGCGACUUGGAGUGGUUUCGUGACCGCAUCCGCGCCAAAACGACAUCCAUUGAUUUCUCAGAUAUCUGUGGGACAUUUUGCCAAACGUUCAAGCAGAGUUUGUCCUUAGGGCAAGUCUCUGCGGCUGUUCUAGCCGGAAGUAUACGUGAAGUGCCGCGCCUCAUUCGAGACAAUACCGUUAGCAAGGACAUAGAACAUGCUCUCUGCAUCUCAUUUUACCAGGCGACAUGGAGAGGCAUCAUGGCAUGUAAGGUACUGCGGCCGGCUGAAAUUGAGCCAGAGGUCUUACGAUUAUUGCUCACGAAUCUGCCUCGCCUCCCGGUACAUAUGUCCGCCGCUCUCAUUUCAGAUAUUCUUCGGUCCAUCACCGGUAAACAAAAGCACGAGCUCAAAAAAGAGAUUUAUGCAAUUAGAGGCUCACUUUUCUCGCCUGAUACAAGUGCCUCGCACCCCGAAGAAAUAUCACAAUCUACAGAAACCGCAAAAGCAAAAUACUCGCCGCCCAGAAAGGUGGUCUUGGACAUAUACGGCUUGGAAGACAUAGUUGGAGCCCUUAUGGAAACCUUUGGGUUGUAUGCGCCUGAAGAGCAAGCAAAGAAGGAGAUAUGCCAUCUGGUUCAACUAUCCACGGUUUACGCGAUUAGGGUCAUCUUCUCUGGCAGUAGCGUGCAUGAUAAUACGGGCUGA